AUGGCCGACGACUCCAAAGUGGCGGUCGAUGCCUCGCCUUCAAAUGACUAUCGCAACAGGCUGGGGAGUGAGAUCGCCGUUGGUAUCGACGACUUGAGCGCCAUCCCCAAAGGCACUAUCGAUCCAGUGUACGAGGCGAAAGCCAGGGUUCUUAACCGAGCGAUACAAGACAUUGGCAUGGGAUGGUAUCAAUGGCAAUUGUUCAUCGUCGUCGGCUUCGGCUGGGCGAGCGACAAUCUAUGGCCCAUUGUCACGUCGCUCAUUUUCACCCCGGUCACCAACGAGUUUGGCCCAAGCAGACCACCGUUGUUGACUUUGGCGCAGAACAUUGGUCUCUUGGCUGGAGCCAUGUUCUGGGGAUUCGGAUGCGACAUCUUCGGCCGUCGCUGGGGGUUUAACCUCACACUCGGCAUCACGAGCGUAUUUGGUCUUGUUGCUGCGAGCGCUCCCAACUUCGCGGCCAUCGGAUGCUUUGACGCCCUGUGGUCGUUUGGCGUGGGCGGAAACCUCCCCGUCGACUCUGCCAUAUUUCUCGAAUUCCUCCCCGGAUCACACCAGUACCUCCUCACCGUCUUGUCCAUAGACUGGGCACUGGCGCAACUACUCGCGACUCUCGUGGCGUGGCCGAUUCUAGGCAACCUGACCUGUCAGGAGGACGAGGAGUGCACGCGCUCCAAGAACAUGGGCUGGCGAUACUUUGUGAUAGCCAUGGGAGGUCUGGCCAUGGUCAUGUUUUUCAUUCGGUUUGUCCUAUUUACGAUCUACGAGUCACCGAAAUACCACAUGGGUAAAGGCAAUGACGCCGAAGCGGUGCGCAUCGUGCACGAGGUCGCGCGACGCAACGGCAAAACGUCGCCUCUGACCAUCGAAGACCUCAAGGCCUGCGAGGUCCUCGGCAACGGACGAACGCAACAAACCACGGCGACAGCCGCGAUCAAGCGCAACCUCGAGAAAUUCAACCUGACACACGUCCGCGCUUUGUUCGCGACCAAGAAGCUGGCGUUUUCGACCGGCAUGAUCAUGGCCAUCUGGGGCUUCAUCGGGCUGGGGUAUCCGCUGUACAACGCGUUCCUGCCGUACCUGCAGGCCAUCAAGGGCGCCGAGUUCGGCGACAGCUCCACGUACAUCACGUACCGCAACCAGGUCAUCAUCGCGGUGCUGGGCGUGCCGGGGGCGCUCCUGGGGGGCGCGAUGGUCGAGAUCCGCGGGUUCGGCCGCAAGGGCACGCUCUCCCUCGCCACCGUCGCCACGGGGGUGUUCCUGUACUGUUCGACCACGGCGACCUCGUCCGACGCCCUGCUCGGCUGGAACUGCGCCUUCAACUUCACGAGCAACGUCAUGUACGCCGUCCUGUACGCCUACACGCCCGAGGUGUUCCCGACAAAGGACCGCGGCUCCGGCAACGCCCUGUGUGCCACCGCGAACCGCGUCUUUGGCAUCAUGGCCCCCAUCAUCGCCAUGUUUGCCAACCUCGAGACCACGGCCCCCGUGUACACGAGCGGCGCCCUGUUCAUUGCCGCCGGCCUGAUGGUUAUUGUUCUGCCCUACGAGUCUCAGGGGAAGGCGAGUUUGUGA